AGCCAAGCUCCAGCAGUAACUCAAGGAGAAUCCCAUCAAGCAGGGGGCCAGCCCAAGGGGCCCAAGACCCCAGCUUGUGGAGGUCCGCAAGCACCUGACCGCUGCCCUGGACCGAGGGAACCUCAAGCCGGACUACAUUCAAGAGACUAGUAUGUUGAUGGCCAAGCUGUCCUAUGUGGAGGGAGACUAUAGUGAGACCUUCAACCAGUAUGGCAAAGUGACCCUGGACGAGCUGGCGUUGGUGAGAGCCCCCGUCUACCGUCUCUCCAUGAUUGCCGAAGCAUACGCUACCAAAGGUCUGUGUCUAGAGAAAGUCCCGGCUGCAUCUCCGUCUCUGUCCAAUUAUAACGUGGACAAAGACCAGGAAGUGAUUACCUGCUAUGAGAAGUCUGGAGACAUUGCCCUGCUCUACCUACAGGAAGUAGAGAAGGCCCUCAAUGCGGGGUUGCAGAAUCGUAGUCCAAAGCCAGGUCCAGUAGCCCAGGAGCAGGAGCUGGGAUACUUCCUGGAGACGGGACUUCAGAGAGCACAUGUCAUCCACUUCAAAAAUGGUAACCUGACCCAGGGAGUGGGCCGCUUCCGGGAGAUCCUCCAAGCUGUAGAGACCAGGACCACACAGAACCUACGAAUGGUGGACCAUAGCCAGACAGCAGAGAUCCUGCUGAGGGGGAUGUGUGAGCAGAGCUACUGGUCUUCUCUGGAGGACCCUCCUAGCCAGUCCCACCUGGACGACCCCCUACUACGCCAGGGAGCCCCCUACACCAAGGACUACGCCCUCAGCUGCAGGCCACGCGUCUACUCCGGAGAGAAUCUGUUUUGUCCACAGGAGAACACAGAGGAGGCUCUGCUCCUGUUGCUGAUUAGUGAAUCUAUGGCCAACCGAGAUGCGGUGCUGAGCAGGAUCCCAGAGCAUAACAGUAACCGCAUCAUUAGCCUGCAGAGUGCCUCUGUGGUCUACGACUUGCUGACCAUCGCCCUGGGGCGACGGGGACAGUACGAGAUGCUCUCUGAGUGUCUAGAGAGGGCCAUGAAGUUUGCCUUUGAGGAGUUCCAUCUCUGGUACCAGCUAGCCCUGUCACUGAUGGCUGCUGGGACGUCGGCCAGGGCGGUGAAGGUAUUGAAGGAGUGUAUCCGUCUGAAGCCGGAUGACCCCACCAUCCCCUUACUAGCUGUCAAGCUGUGCAUUGGAGCACUCCAUUGGCUGGAGGAAGGAGAGUGUUUUGCUAAGAUGGUGGUGGACAUGGGGGAGAAGGCUCAGUUCCGAGCUAAAGGUUACAUCGGCCUGGUGUACAGCCUCAAGGCCACAGACGCUUCCCUACAGGGGAUGCAGGAGGAGUAUCAGAAGAAGGCCCUGGGUGCGUUCCAGAGGGCCCAGAGCUUGUCCCCCACAGACCACCUGGCUGCCUUCUACCGGGCCCUGCAGCUGGCUGUGUCACGACAGGUAAGGUCUAGAAACACACACACACACACAGUGGCUCAGAGAGUCAUGAUGGGACUAAUCUGUGUGUGAAAGCUUGUCACGGAGCACUGAUACUCUCCGUAGAUAGAGGUGUGUGUGGUCAGUGCUCUCUGUGGGUCUAACCCCAAGAAGUUCUGGAAAAUGGUUAAAGACCUGGAGAAUAAACUCUCCUCAUAGCUACACAUGUCCCUUAAUAUUGAUGAUGUGGUUGUUACCGACAAGGAGCACAUGGCUGAGCUCUUUAAUCACCACUUGAUUAAGUCAGGAUUCCUAUUUGACCCAGCCAUGCCUCGAUACUCAUCGGUCAACAGUCCCACAGCUUCACCUUGACCUGGUAAACAGUCUCACAGCUUCACCUUGACCUGGUAAACAGUCUCACAGCUUCACCUUGACCUGGUAAACAGUCCCACAGCUUCACCUUGACCUGGUAAACAGUCCCACAGCUUCACCUUAACCUGGUAAACAGUCUCACAGCUUCACCUUGACCUGGUAAACAGUCUCACAGCUUCACCUUGACCUGGUAAACAGUCUCACAGCUUCACCUUAACCUGGUAAACAGUCUCACAGCUUCACCUUAACCUGGUAAACAGUCUCACAGCUUCACCUCGACCUGGUAAACAGUCUCACAGCUUCACCUUGACCUGGUAAACAGUCUCACAGCUUCACCUUAACCUGGUAAACAGUCCCACAGCUUCACCUUAAUUUGUUCACUUUAUAUUCCACAAUAAGUGAGCUGCAUUUAGAGAGACUUUAGUUACCAAUACUAGUUACCAUGACUUGGUAACUAGUAUUAAGGCAACACGAUGUCAAUUAACAGGAUAAUGGCGGACGGAAGACAGGGUGGUGCGGCAGGUGCCGCUUCUCAUAAGAAUGCUGUUAUUUCAUCUAAAACAUCAGGUGUACGCCGACCCCAGCUAAGUAACUCAUGUAAAGAGUUAAAGCGCAAUUAUGUGUUUUAAAAUAUCAAAACAAACUCUGAACCAAUGACAUUCAUUUGGGGACAGAUCGAAAAGCAUGAAACAUUUGUGGCAAUUUAGCUUGCACUUGCUAGCUAAUUUGUCCUAUUUAGCUAGCUUACUGAUGCUAGCUAAUUUGUCCAGGGAUAAAAACACUGAGUUGUUAUUUUACCUGAAAUGCACAAGGACCUCUACUCCGACAAUUAAUCCACACAUAAAACGGUCAACCGAAUGGUUUCUAGUCAUCUCUCCUCCUUCCAGGCUUUUUCAUCCUUGAAUUUAUAUGGUGAUCGCAUCUAAACUUUCAUUGUAUUACCACGACAACCGGCAACAAAGUUCGUCUUUCAGUCACCCACGUGGGUAUAACCAAUGAGGAGAUGGCACGUGGGUACCUGCUUCUAUAAACCAAUGUGGAGAUGACUUUCAGCGCGAUCUGCGUCAGAAAUAGGAACGACUUCUAUUUUAGCCCUUUGGCGCGCGCAAGCAGUGUGGGUGCAAUAAUUGAAUAACAUGGAUUUCAAAAUGUAUUUAAUGACGCUCGCGCACGCGACGUGUCCGGUCUGGUCAGCAUGUUAGGUGGUGGGCCUGGCAACUAUUUUGAAAACGCAAUUAAGGGAAUUCACUGUAAUGAUCUCUUGUCCUAUACAGACGUGGAAGCUGAUAGUCAGGUUUUUCUAUCCACAAUCCAGACUACAAUAAAUGGUUUCCUAAAGAAAAUCAAAUCCAAACCUGGCCAAAAGAGUACUCUUCCUUGGCUAAAUAGAGAAAUCUGGAAAUUGAUGAAAGAACUAGAUUAUGCUUUAAAAAUAGCCCUGAGAUCCAAAUUAGAGCAUGACAGACAUAGGUUUACCAUGUUGAGAAAUAAGGUGAUGAAAGAAAUCAGACAGGCCAAGGCAAACUUUUUUAUUAACAUAAUUGGUGAAGCAAAGGGAAAUUCUUAAUUGAUCUGGGAGAAUCUAAAAAAGUUAACAGGGAAAGACCAUAGUAACACUGCAAAAAGACUAGAAAUCAUGGUCAAUAACAAUCUAACACAGGAUGCAGUCAAAAUAGCAAUAGCCUUCAAUUCCUACUUUAUUGACUGUCAGGGUACUGACACAGAACCCCUCCACUGGUUUCUUGGGCUCAGUGCUAGUAAAUGACACUCAACCUGUCUUCAUCAUAAGGGAGGUUUCUGAGUCAAAGGUGAACAAGGUGAUUAGCUCACUAAAGAACUCUAAAGCCAAAGAUGUGUUUGGCCUGGACUCUACCUUUCUUAAAAACUACAAAGAGUCACUCAUUGGCCCCAUUACUAAGGGCACCAACACAUCUAUUGGUCUCGGGGUGUUUCCAAGGGUAUGGAAGUCGGCCAUAAUAACGGCCAUCUUUAAAUCGGGCGACCCUGCUGACGUGAGUAACUACAGGCCCAUUAGUAUACUACCUGUGGUGUCAAAGGUUGUUGAAAAGUGUGUAGCAGAACAACUGAUUGCCCACCUCAACAACAGCCCCUUCACAUUACAUUCCAUGCAGUUUGGCUUCAGAGCGAAACACUCCACAGAAACGGCCAACUGCUUUCUUCUGGAAAAUGUGAAGUCCAAGAUGGACAAAGGGGGCGUUGUUGGGGCUGUGUUUCUGGACUUAAGGAAAGCUUCUGAUACUGUUAACCAUGAGGAUCUCAUCACAAAACUGUCCAAGUUCAACUUUCCCCCGAUACCUUGAGAUGGAUGAAAUCAUACAUUGAAGGCAGAACCCAGUGUGUCAGAGUGAGCAAUGAGCUGUCGCCCACUCUCAGCUAUGAUGUGGGUGUGCCCCAUGGGUCAAUACUGGGGUCCCUCCUGUACAGCCUGUACAUUAAUGUUCUGCCUUCUGUCUGUACUGGGUCUGAAGUUCAAAUGCAUGCAGAUGAUACAGUGAUAUAUAUGUGCAUGCAAAGAGCAAACAACAAGCUGCACAAGAACAACCUACUGUAAUGGUCCAGGUUACAAAGUGUCUCAGUGACUCGUGUUUGCAUCUCAAUGUGAAAACAAAAUGUUUGUAUGUUCUUCACAAAGAGGGCAACAGAUGCUACUGAGCCAGAUGUCUAUGUGUCAGGGGAGAAGCUCCAGGUGGUAUCUGAUUUUAAGUACAUUGGCAUCAAUACAAGCCAAUACCUUGACUUUGUUGUCCUUAAGCCAUUUUGCCACAACUUUGGAAGUAUGUUUGGGGUCAUUGUCCAUUUGGAAGACCCAUUUGCGACCAAACUUUAACUUCAUGAUUGAUGUCUUGAGAUGUUGCUUCAAUAUAUCCACAUACUUUUCCUGCCUCAUGAUGCCAUCUAUUUUGUGAAGUGCACCAGUCCCUCCUGCAACCCCCACAACAUGAUGCUGCCACUCCCGUGCUUCACGGUUGGGAUGGUAUUCUUCGGCUUGCAAGCCUUCCUCUUUUUCCUCCAAACGUAACGAUGGUCAUUAAGGCCAAACAGUUCUAUUUUUGUUUCAUCAGACCAGAGGCCAUUUCUCCAAAAAGUACGAUCUUUGUCUCUGUGUGCAGUUGCAAACCAUAGUCUAGCUUUUUUUAUGGUGGUUUUGGAGCAGUGGCUUCUUCCUUGCUGAGCGGCCUUUCACGUUAUGUCAAUAUAGGACUCGUUUUACUGUGGAUAUAGAUACUUUUGUACCUGUUUCCUCCAGCAUCUUCACACGGUCCUUUGCUGUUGUUCUGGGAUUGUUUUGCACUUUUCGCACCAAAGUACGUUCAUCUCUAGGAGACAGAACGUGUCUCCUUCCAUGACAUAAUUUUCUGGAAUAUUCCAAGCUGUUUAACAGCACAGUCAACUUAGUGUUAUGUAAACUUCUGACCCACUGGAAUUGUGAUACAGUGAAAUAAUCUGUCUGUAAACAAUUGUUGUAAAAAUUACUUGUGUCAUGCACAAAGUAGAUGUCCUAACCGACUUGCCAAAACUUUAGUUUGUUAACAAGAAAUUUGUGGUUGAAAAAGCUGAGUUUUAAUGACUCCAACCUAAGUGUAUGUUAACUACCGAUUUCAACUGUAUAAGGUGCUACUUACUGAUGGCUAUUUAACAUUCCGAUGGACUUGAGAUAGAAGCUGUUUUUCAGUCUCUCGGUCCCAGCUUUGAUGCACCUGUAUUGACCUUGCCUUCUGAACGAUAGCGGGGUGAACAGGCAGUGGCUCGGGUGGUUGUUGUCCUUGAUGAUCUUUUUGGCCUUCCUGCGACAUCGGGUGGUGUAGGUGUCCUGGAGGGCAGGUAAUUUUCCCCUGGUGAU